GUGCCGCCAGUCAGCCCUUAACCCUCGCUCCUCUCGCGCCGCGCCCCUAACUCCCCCCCUCUCCCCUGCGGCGGCGCGUCCAGCUCCAUCUCCCAACCAUGGCGGACUCCAAGGCCAGCACGGCGGUCACUCUCCGCACCCGCAAGUUCAUGACCAACCGCCUCCUCUCCCGGAAGCAAUUCGUGCUCGAGGUGAUCCACCCCGGCCGGGCCAACGUCUCCAAGGCGGAGCUGAAGGAGAGGCUGGCCAAGGUGUACGAGGUGAAGGACCCCAACACCAUCUUCGUCUUCAAGUUCCGCACCCACUUCGGAGGAGGCAAGUCCACUGGCUUCGGCCUCAUCUACGACAACCUCGAGGCCGCCAAGAAGUUCGAGCCCAAGUACCGCCUCAUCAGGAAUGGUCUUGCUACUAAGGUUGAGAAGUCCCGCAAGCAAAUGAAAGAGCGGAAGAACAGGGCCAAGAAGAUUCGUGGUGUCAAGAAGACCAAGGCUGGUGAUGCGAAGAAGAAGUAAACACUUGUAUUACUGUUCUGGACUCUGGAUGGUCUAGUUGCAAUGUCAGAAUUAUGGUUGUAUUAGGUUUUGUUCUACCCUAAGCACUGAAGUGAAGUUUUGUUAUUCCUGGAUGUGAACUUGGCCAGAUUGGCUAUAGCAUGUUAUGAGAGGGCUAUUAACUUGCAAGCCAACCUAUUAUCUCAUGCAGUUGUGUGAUUGGCUCA